AUUCUGAAAUCAAGUUUGUUAAAAAGGCAAGCUAACACUUUAGACCCAAGGGAGAAAUCUCCUGGUCGUCACUUAGUUUCUGCCUAAAAGGCUUCUGCAUUGCUCGUAGCUCAUCCCGCUUCAGUUCAAAUGGAUCAUCGGAAGAGCUUGAGAUUCAUCACAACAAGUUGGCUUUCAUGGUUCUUAAGGGUUGUGUUGGUGGGACUGGCUGUGUUUUCUAGAUUGACAUAUCAGGACAAAGUUGAAGCUCCUCCAAGUAAUCUGUUCUGUAUCAGCGAAUGUGGCACAUGCCCUGUAAUCUGUUCUCCGCCUCCUCCUCCACUUCUUACAUAUGUAACGCCACCCUCACCGGCUGUCCCUCAUUCUCCACCGCCGUCGCCGCCGGCUCACGCCCCUCCCCCUCUUUAUUUCACCUACCCGCAGCCACUCCCGAAGUCACCGGCGUCGCCGCCACCCCCACCGCCACCAGCCCCCCCAAGCGCCGCUCCCCCUCCACCUGCUAAGUCCAACGAAGCACCUCCUGCGGGUUCAGGUCAACCGCUAGUAAUAUCAGGGCCGCAUCAGUACCCUUAUCCUUAUUACUACUAUUACGCCUCAGACGCUUCUUCUCCUUCUUCUUCGGCACCAUUUAUGCUCUUACUAUUGUUCCUUCAUAGGGUAUUCUCCUGUUGGUAAGUGGUAGCUUUUUACCGUUCGCGGGCACGAGAAUGCUAAAAUAUAAUACUUGUUCCGGACAAUGCUGGGUGUAAUUUGUAAUUAUAUUUGUCUAUCCUUUUGUGCUGUAUUGUGUUUGAAAUUCAGGUUUAUUAUUAGCUUCUUUUUCUCCUCCAUUUAUGUUAAAAACUGAUAAAACAAAAGGAUCAGAGAUGUUAAUCAUAUGUAUAUAUAUUUUAUCGCCACAUGUGUGCGUAUAUACAGUGGAGCUUUAGUUC